GAGUCGGCGUAUGAAAGCGCACCACCCUAUAUAUCCACAGAACCUGAGACUCCACUCCGCAUUUUCUCCUUGUGAACAGUCACUUGCCAGCCGUCUCCUCGUCUAAGCGUUCCCACUUCAUUCUUAGAACCGUGAGCAACGACUCCGCACCGGGCUGAAGUUUGCCGAGCACAACGUUUAAAGCGCUCAGUCAGAUAGAUAGGUUCAUGUGGCGGUACCCCGGUCUCAGCGUAGUAUUUUCGGCCAAAAAGUGGGAUCCUCCACCGCAGGCUCUUCAAAGUCAGCUGCUACUCCUGUUUUAAAGAGUGGACAUGUUCUUGUUUGCGCCGUGUUGUUGAGGAGAGGUAGCAAACGCUCAUCUUAUCCAACACCUCCGGAUGUACUGCAGUGUGAAAGCCCAGUGCCGGUAGCCACUGUGCCGCGGAGCGAAGGAGUACAACUGAAGUGCACCAUGUUGAGAUUACGCACCGCUGUCCUGUGCGCUUUCUCUUUUCUCACACUGACAGUGGGAGCGGAUGUAAAAACUCAAAACUGCAGCCAGGUCAGAGACGCUUACACUGCUAAAGGCUUCAGCUUUACUAAUGUCCCUUACCAGGAAAUCUCAGGUGAGCAUCUGCGCGUGUGCUCCCAAGAGAAGACCUGCUGCUCGUCAGAGAUGGAGGAUGGUUUCAGCCAACAGAGCAAAAUUGACUUUGAGAAUGUGCUUGAUGGAAUUAGUGAAGACCUUCGGGCCACAUUUGUGUCAAGACAUAAAAUGUUUGAUGAGUUCUUCCUGGAGCUUUUGGACAACACAGAGAGGUCUCUGAAUGAGAUGUUUGUGAGGACAUAUGGCAAACCCUACAUGCAGAACGCAGAGGUCUUCCAGACCUUGUUUGCGGAGCUGAAGCGAUACUACAAGGGUGGCAACGUCAACCUGGAGGAAAUGCUCAACGACUUUUGGACACGGUUGUUGGAGCGCAUGUUUAAACUUCUCAACUCCCAGUAUGUGAUCACCGAGGACUAUCUGGAAUGUAUCAACAAGUACACGGACCAGCUCAAGCCCUUUGGAGAUGUGCCCAAGAAACUGAAAUCUCAGGUUACAAGGGCUUUCAUCGCAGCACGCACAUUCGUCCAGGGCCUCACCGUCGGGCGUGAGGUAGCCAACAGGGUAUCUAAGGUUAGCAUGUCCCCGGCUUGCCUAAGAGCGCUCACCAAAAUAUUCUACUGUCCUUAUUGCCAAGGCGUGCCAUCAGCCAAGCCCUGCAAGAACUAUUGUCUGAAUGUGAUGAAGGGCUGCCUCGCCAACCAGGCUGAUCUGGACCCCGAGUGGAAUCAGUACAUCGAUGCCAUGCUGCUGGUGACUGAGAGACUGGAGGGACCCUUCAACAUUGAGUCUGUCAUGGAGCCGAUCGAUGUCAAGAUCUCCGAAGCCAUCAUGAAUAUGCAAGAUAAUAGUGUUGAAAUCACCCACAGAGUUUUUCAAGGAUGCGGUCAACCCAAGCCCUCAGGAAUGAGCAGGUCUGCCCGUGGCAUCUCGGAUGUGUUCACCGCCCGCUUCAAGCCCUACAGCCCCGAGGAGCACCCCACCACAGCAGCAGGCACCAGCCUGGACAGAUUGAGGAUUGUGUGGAGAACAAUGCAACAAAGUGUUGUUGAUGUGAAAGAGAGGCUGAGGAACUCAAAGAAGUUCUGGUCCAGCUUGCCAGAUGGCCUCUGCCAAGAGGAUAAUGUAACGGUCAGCGAGUCCGACUCUGAAGACUGCUGGAAUGGCCACAGCAUGGGCAGGUAUUUCCCUGAGGUGCUGAAGGACGGUCUGACCAACCAGGCGAAUAACCCAGAGGUGGGAGUGGACAUCACACGGCCCGACACCUUCAUCCGCCAGCAUAUCAUGACUCUCAGAAUGAUGACCAACAAGCUGAAAAAUGCUUUCAAUGGCAAUGACAUUUACUUUCAAGACUCCAGUGAUGAGGGCAGUGGCUCGGGCAGUGGGAGUGGAUGCCUUGAGCCGUGUGUGACGGAGAAGGAGCCCGUCCAGACGGAGGGGCCGGUGGUGGAGGCGGACCGGGGCGAGGAUCACUCUUCCUCUUCCUCCGCACACACACACUCCUCCUUAACCCUCCUUCUCCUCCUCCUCUCCCUCUCAGCACUCGCACUGCACAGCCACUGGAGAUAGUGCCAGGAGAGCAGCCCCACAUUCAUACACACAGACAUGCACAUAAUACUAUAAUACACAGCCCCCCCCCCCCCCCCCCACACACACACACACACAUACAUAAAUAUAUAUAUAUAUAUAUACAUGACAGACUGCAGUUUUUCUAUGCUGUUUUUUGUAUGCAAUCUGCUACUAAGACUUGUGUUUGGUCUUCUUACCUGGACGUGUGUGAGAAGUGUGAAGUGGGGGCGGUCAGUUUUGGCCCACCUCCCCUCAGCUUUCCCAAAGAGCGUGUUCAGCGCCAUGACAUGAGUCAGCCUUCUCCAAGCAGAUGGACACGCCCGGUGUUCCACAACAUGAUAGAGGUCCUCUCAUACUUACUUUUGUGUGUAAUGCUAUUUUUUUUUUAAAUACCUUUUCCUUUUCUUUGUAUCUUAAGUAGGACUUUUGCUGAAAAUGGGUAGUGAGAUACACUUCAACACUGUGGUCAUUUCUAUGGGAUAGCUUCUUGCUACAGUGAUGCAGUGUCCAGUAUUCAGUAUUCAGUAUGGGUCCCACCACUUGAUUGUAUUCAGAUAUUACCACUUGAAAUGUAUGUUCUGGGAGGUCAAGGACAGUGAUGUAGAGUGAUUGAAUUUUUUUCUACCAGAAAAGAUGUCACGUUUUGCAUAUAUAUAUAUAUAUAUAUAUAUAUCAUUAUAUACAUGGGAUUUUUAUAGAUUUCCCCCAACAUCAAAUGCUAUUAAUUGUGCGAGAAUUAGAGAGUUAGAAAUGUGUAGGAUCUAGACUGAAGUACAGAUCCGGAUGCCUGUUCUUGGUCUUACUCCCACUGACUCCAUCCUGUUCUGAACAUCCUGUUCUACUCUGUGGCUCCUCCAGCUGUACUGCUGUGACACCCAUGUGAUUAGCCUUUAUCAGAGAUGGCAAACAUUGGGAGCUACUGAUACUCCGGCCUGCUCAGUCUUGUGUUUCUCCAGAUUCCAUUCCAGUGCUCCCCGCAGUCUUCUCACAGCCCCCACACUGAGCGUGCUCAGAGGAAACAAUGGCAGGGUGUUUAUAAACAAGCUGCUGAACUAAACCAGGGGAAGAGUUCACUCUUUCUGAAAUUCAGCAUUAUCAAUCCCAGGAAUACAGUUCUGCCCAUUGAGGUUUCAUUUAGUUACAGAAGUCAUAUGUAGUUACAUAAUGAAAUGCUCUCAAAAAAUACCUUUAGACAACAAUAUAGAUUUCAUUUCACACAUGAGGGAGACCUUAAAGAAUAUAUAUAUAUUUAGGUUGGUAUCUUAAUUUUCUCAUUCAAAUGAUUAUUCUCUUUACAGCGUUUGGAAUGUGAGACAAUAAGGAUUAGACAUAUCAAGAUGUAAGAUGUAUUUUGGAUUCUAUUUGGAUGACACAACAAAUAGCCCCCAACUAACAACCUUAGCAAGACGUCAGGGUAUGCACAUGCUGUGUGCAUGAGAUAUGUCUAUGUUAAUCUUUGUUUGUAUAAGUGUGAAAGCAUGUUUUCCUGUGUGUGUGUGUGUGUGUGUGUGUGUGUGUGUGUGUGUGUGUGUGUGUGUGCGUGUGGUCGAGCGCACGUUAGUAUAGGAGCUAAGAACAGGGAGGAUGCGUUAAGCUGUGGAGACUUGCAGGGAAAUGGUGACCAGAGGUUUAUCUCUAAAGCUGCUGCGCUCCCCCACUUGAGAAAGGCAGGCUGAAAGGCGGCCACAGUGGCCUGUGAAAUGGGAAUUUGGAAGAGGCAGAGAGGCUUGAAUGCUCCAGUGAGACCUUUCAGCCACGCAGGGAGAGCAGCUGAGUGUGACAGGCUGCUGAAAAGCCCUGACGUCGUCUGCCACAGCGGCCGAGGACUGUUUUCAAAUCAAAGCCAACAAACUCGCUGUGGUGUCCACUUAUCAACACUUCCUGUCCAAAAUGUACCCGAGGCAUUCAGAAGUCAGAGUUUGUUCUGCCUUAUACCUCAACAUUGUUGUUGAUAUAUUUCGAGGCUUAUUAUGUUACAUUCAUUGUCUUGGUAUGCCAUUAAGUACUCACAUUCAGUGAAUGUAAUUAUCUGCAAAUUAAUGGAUAGUCACAAGGCUUCGGGGAUGGAAUCCAUUGAGGAUCACAUUAGUGUGACAUACAUUGUUGAAUAUAACAUAAUUAGUAAACUCACAACCCAUGAAAACAGGAAAUAGCUCAAAUGGUAAUAAUCCACUGGGAUUGGGAAGCUAUUAAUCCCAUAAAACAGUGCAUUGUUGCAAUGUUCCAUCCAUAUUUCCUGAAUGUUUUAAUUUCCUGAAUCUACAUUUAAUAUCUUGAACACUACAUCAUAGUCCUGUUAGAGGCAAUGGCUACAGAGGUGAAUUGAGACCAGAAAUGUCAUUUGAAUAGGCCCCCUUUUGGCCAGGUUGGUCAUUCAUCACAAGAUGGUGGGUGUGAGUUCUUCUGAUAGGCUCUGGAGUUGCACUUAAAAAGUAAUGGGAUGUUGAGCAUUUAAAAACUAAUACGAUGUAUGUUGCUAGGUCACUUAGCGAGAAUGAUUUUACAACCCCAAGAAAUACACAGGUCAUCAAUUUAUAUUUAUAAAUGUAUUUAUGGAAAAAAAUGCAAAAUGACAAGACAUUUGAUGUAUCUAAAUUUAUGCAGAUGUACUGAAUUUGUGAAAUGAAUUUCAUUCCAUAAAGUAUUAGUAAAAUCUAUACAAAAGGACAUCUAAGAAUAUUUCUGUGCAAUAAGACAUAGGUCUGACAAGGUCUCUGACAACAGUGUUAUUGCUUUUCUAAUCCCCAGACUUGAUUAUAAUAUUUGGGAUUUACUCUAUGUCAUUGAGUUAGUGGUUGAAUGGAUUGAGCAGCUAAAUAGCUCAAGUCAUCACAGUGUUCAAAAAUUCAAAAUUACUUUAGAUGUUAAACGUGUUCACAGCAACUUGGCUUUUAGUUAGUCACACAGUGGUGUUUCAUAUAAAGUAGAUUUGGCUCCAAAGCACACAUACAUUUGUCAAAGAAAAUUAUGUGAGAUAACUGGAAGAUAGUCCCAAUAACAAAAAUGAUUCCCGACAUGACACACAGAACGUACUAACAAAAUAUGCCUUACAAUGUUUGUAAAACAUUUAAAUGGUUUGCAUUUUGGGUUUUGUAACUCUUUCUUGCAAAUAAAUAUGUUUCAAAAUG